GUCAAAGUUAGUCGUGAAUCGGCAGUCAGUUUCCGGCCACGUUAAAAUAGCUUGUUUGAUAAUUGUAUAAGUUAUUGAUAGCGGAGGUUAUUUUGACGUGGAGGGCAGCGUUUUUCUUAAUAAGAAUCUCGAAUAUUGUAUAAAUGCAAAUUUGAUAGCGUAUACGUUAAAAUGGACUGCUGGAUGACGUGGUUUCUGCUUGCUUCACUUUUCGGUGCUGUAUUUCACGCAGGUAGCGUUGAACUAACCUUCGAAUUACCCGAUAAUGCCAAAGAGUGCUUCUAUCAAGAAAUUGAGAAAAAUGUCUCGUCUACUCUUGAAUUCCAGGUGGUAACUGGUGGCCAGUAUGAUGUGGAUGUUACGCUAGAAGCACCAAACAAGGAGAUAAUCUAUCGCCAAGUGAAAACACAGUUUGACUCGCACACAUUUGUGCCAGCAAUGUCUGGAAUCUAUAAGGCUUGCUUCAGUAACGAAUUUUCAACAUUUUCCCAUAAGCUUGUAUACAUGGACUUCCAGGUUGGAGAUGAACUUCCACUCCCUGGUUUAGGCGAGCAUGUGACAGUUAUGACUCAGAUGGAGUCUUCAGCACAAGAAGUCCACAAAAAUCUGAACAGUAUUCUGGACUACCAAACUCAUCACCGGUUGCGAGAAGCACAAGGACGAAAGCGUGCUGAAGAUUUGAACGAACGUGUUAUGUGGUGGUCAGUUAUGGAGACCAUAGCAGUCCUGGUUAUAACUGUGGGACAAGUAUUUGUCCUGAGAAACUUUUUCACUGAACGAAACCCUUACCAAAAGUUAUAGUUACUUUAAGUGCAAUGCAUUCACAAUCAAAUCAGUCUAUGAGAAACCUAUUUGUAAUCGACGAGAUUCAACGCUCAAUUAUUCGGCAGGAUUAAAAAAAUCUCAAGAGAAAUUUCUGCCCUGUAAAUCAGCGCUAGAAUAUUCUCUAUCCAAGGCUAGUUCACUGGGUGCGGCGACCUAACGUGGAGAUAUUGUUGUAUGUUGAAUGGGGGCGAUGAAACGUUGCAUUCAAAUAAUGGAUGCGUUUUUAGUUCGUACGUAAUUUUGCAACUCCGCGACGUUUAAUGUGUAUAUUUAUUUGGGGAUCUAAUUUAUACAUUAUAGGACUUUUCACUUUAGAUAGAAGUACGAGUUAAUAUCUAGGUGCUGUUAUAUCGUGUAAAACAUUGAGAUAAUGUAGCACUUGAGACAGUGAAUUUUCACUAGGAAAAACCUAUGUCUAAAAUCGACUGUAUAAGUGAUGCCAGCAUACAAAGUAAUGUUAUUUAUAUUGUAUGUGUGUAAUAUAAAUGAUUAAAAUAUUUGCGUGAACAAUUC